ACUCAGCCAACCAUCCUUCUCCUCCGAGCUUCCGGCAGCAGCGGCGGCGCCACCACCACCACCGGUAACGGCUGCAGCACCGGCAUCAGAAUAGAUUGAAACCAACUUGCUCUUCCUUCGGCGGCUAGCUCCUUCGAUAUCCUUAUUAUUGGCUUCUAGCUCAUCAGCUGCCUGACUCGCCCUCUGCUCCAUAUUGAACUUGCUCCUUCAAUUGUUGCAAUGGGAAAACUUGGUAAAAAGGCCAGGAAGUUUGCACGGAAGAAUCUUCAAUCUGUAAUGAAAAGAAAGCGGAAAUUGAAUUCUAUGUUCAAAAAGAAAUCCCAAAAAAGUGAUGAGCAAGAUGAAGUUGAAAACCAAGAAGAAGUGAACGUGAAGCAGUCUAAUGCAAGAAACACUGAAGGUGAAGGUAUAGAAGAUGCUUCGCUGGAUGAUUUAUUCAGUGAUGAAAGUGAUGCAGUUGGAGAUGAUUCAGAGAGUGAUGGAUAUUUAUCUGAGGGAUCAAACUGUACUUACAUGGAUGAAGAUAAAUUUGAGAGUCAUCUAGAAGAUGCAGACAGCAAUCUUGGGAGUGAUCUAUCUGUUCAAAACAGGGAAAUCCAUUUAGAACUUAUGGAGAAGAUGAAAAUGUUAGACAGGUUGAAGGAAAAGGAUCCUGCAUUCUCAAAGUUUCUGGAAAGCUAUGAGAACAGACUCAAACCACUAAGAAAUAAUGAGGAUUAUUCUGAUGAGGAUGACACUAGUAGUGAAGACAUGGCUAGUGAAGGUGAUGUGAAUUUGAGUGAGAGCAAGGUGUUAACCCACGCUGCAUUUGAUUCUUUAUGCCAACUUGUCAAAGAGCAGCAAAGUAUAUCUGCAUUUACUAGCUUACUAAAUGGGUAUCGAGCUGCAUGCCAUUAUGGAAAUGAACCAUUAGGUGUUCUAGAUGUCAAUACCUUCUGCAGAAUUCAAGAUAGCAAUACUUUUUGUAAGAUUUUAACCUUCGUACUUCGUGAGGCUGACAACAUUUUGAAAGGCAUGCUGGGAAUAUCAUGCUCUAGUUGUAGAAAGGAGACCAUUUUGGAGCUGAAGAAUAAAUCAAAAUGGAAAACUCUGAAGCCACUGGUCAAAUCUUUUUUAAGAAGUACUCUAUUUCUCCUGAAUCAGGUUACUGACUCAGAGAUAUUGGCAUUUGCUCUAGUCCGAAUAAGAGCUUCUGUCAUAUUUUUUGCUGCUUUUCCUUCUCUGCUACACCGACUCAUCAAGACUGCAGUUCAUCUUUGGGCAACUGGAGAAGGGAUUCUUGCAUCACAUUCUUUUCUAAUUAUAAAAGAAGUUGCCUCUGUCUUUAGCUCUGAUUGCUUUGAGUUAUGCUGGAUUAAAAUAUACAAGGCUUUCCUUGGUCACUGCAAAUUUGGAGAUCCAGUUUCAUCUAAACAUUUACAGUUCCUCCGAAGCUCCUUUGUUGAGCUCUGCUCCCAAGACAUGCAAAUAUCAUCUAGCAAAGCAAUGGUUUCGAUCCAGCGACUUGCAAAGAUACUGCAGCUUGGUCUACGAACAAAGAAGAAGGAAGCAGUCAAGAAGAUAUGCAGUUGGCACUACAUGAACUGUGUUGAUCUCUGGGUUUCAUUUAUAUCACUGAAUGUACGCGAUUAUGAUAUUCAGCCUUUGCCAUAUAUGAUCAUUCAGAUUAUAAAUGGAAUGGCUCUCCUGUUUCCUGGACCUAGAUAUUUUCCUUUAAGACGGAAAUGCAUUCAGUGGUUGAAUGAUCUCUCUAGUUCAAGUGGGAUUUUUAUCCCUAUUUCAUCAUUUGCAUUGGAUGUUUUAGAAUAUAAAACUGGCAAGGACGGUCGGAAAGCUGUAAAAGAAUUCAAUGUCUCUUCUAUUGUGAAGUUGCCCAAACAUUUGUUGAAAUCACGAAACUUCCCACAGGAGUGUGUAUCCUCAGCCAUUGAACUGCUUGCAAUGCAUUUUGCUCAAUGGAGCUAUCAAAUAUCUUUCCCUGAGCUGGCAACUAUUCCACUCAUACGCCUAAGGAAGUUCCAUGAGACGACUACUGUUGAGAGUUUCCGGCGGGUAGUGAAGCGCUUUAUAGAUCAGGUGGAGCAGAACAUUGAAUUUGUUCGUAAGAAGAGAGAUGAGGUGGCAUUUUCUCCAAAAGAUCAGCAGUCUGUGGAAACGUUUCUUCAGCUUGAAAAGCCCAGUGGCAAUGCUCCAUUUACGCAAUAUUACAAGAGUAUCAUUGAGAAGGCUAUUUCCAGGAACCUUAUUACCAAUGAAAAAGCAAGUUUCCUCAACCAGAAAUCAAAAGCAACAAAGAGGAGACAGCUUCCAAAUAGUACAGCGCAUGUUGAUAAUGGAAAAGAAUUUUCAGAGGAGAGAAACCUAGAUAUGCUGGUUGUAAAUGGAGAUGUAAAUAGGGAGAAGAAACAAAAGACAUAAGAAGGGCAAUGCCUUCUAACAGCCCUGGUUAACUACAUUAAAUGUAAGAGUUACUCCUCAAUUGUUUAUUUAGAAAACUUAGGGGGUGCUUAAUCCUUCUAAAAAGUUUUGUUCGUUGAGCAAAAUGCCAAGGCGACUUGCCCCUUUGUUUUUUUACCUAGGAAGAAUUCUUGGUUAAAGGAGCAAAAUCAAAAGAAUCUUGUUCGCUGUGUUACUAGAUAAAAUUUUGUAUUUUGGUGUUGAGAAAUGUUAUGUGAAACAAGAUAUACAAAGCUAGCUUUUUGGUUCUUAUUCUUCGAUUGCAUCUGGUCAUAUUGGACGUUGCCAAAGGCAAAAACAAAAAGUUGGUCUAGGU